AUGGACACCAAUGGGUCAUCUGUGUCGGAUUUUAUAAUCCUAGGAUUCUUUACUCACUCAGAACAUGAAACAUUUAUAUUUAUCACAUUUCUAAUCAUUUACAUAAUUGCUUUAAUAGGUAAUUUAAUAAUCCUAAUUUUGGCCAAUAUUGAUCCUGGUCUUAAUAUACCUAUGUAUUUUUUCCUUGGUUUCUUGUCCUUUCUUGAUAUUUGCUGUACUUCAGCUACUUUGCCUAAGAUGCUGACUGGCUAUAUCACUAAAAACAAGACAAUUUCAUUUUAUGGCUGUGUUGCUCAAUUAUAUUUCUUCACAUGGCUCACUGGUAUUGAGCUUUUAUUGCUUGCGGUUAUGGCUUAUGAUCGAUACAUCGCAAUUGUCCACCCACUGCGCUAUGCUACUAUUAUUAAUCAAAGAGUCUGCAUCUGUGUGAUAACUGUCAUUUCAAUGAUUGGCUCCAUGAAUUCUAUGGUACAUACCUAUUUUACUUUCAGACUUCCUUACUGUGAUGAUAACAAGAUAAAUCACUUCUUCUGUGAGAUCAUGCCUCUGCUUAAAUUAGCAUGUGCAGACACUUACUGGAAUGAGAUUGUGAUCAUCAUCUCUGAUGUAAUUCUUGGCAUGUUUUGCUUCCUUCUCACUUGCACAUCCUAUGUUUUCAUUAUCAACACUAUAAUAAAGAUACGUUCUGCUGAAGGCAAGCGUAAGGCUUUCUCUACUUGUGCCUCACACAUCACAAUAGUAUCUAUGUAUUAUGGUGCAGUGAUUUUCACCUAUGUGCGUCCAAGAUCCAGUUUGUCUUUAGAAAAAGAUAAAAUAGUGUCUGCACUUUAUGCUGUAUUUACACCCACUCUCAACCCUAUAAUAUACAGCCUUAGGAAUAAAGAAGUGAAAGAUGCGUUCAAAAGAAUUGUAAGAAUAAUAGCUUCCAAAUUAUUUUAA